CCCUCCCUUCCUCUCUGUCGGCCUUCAGGAGGGGCUGAAGGUGACUCUCCUCUCGGCUGGGAUGCACAGCGAGUUGCUGGGGGUCGGUCCGGCCCGCUACACGCUGCUUUACCCCGGGUAUAACGACUCACCUGCGGGGCUUUAGGGAUUCACCAACCCGCCACCGUGCUGCUUCAAAGCGGGUCAUUUUCUUCUCCAUAGAGGACACAGCAGCUAUUUAAAACGGGGUAUCUAUCUGUGUCUGUCUCUCUGUCUGUCUGGCCGGGCUUCGGUGGUGGCUGUGCAUGCAUGUGUUCUGCACCGUACGGGCGGAAAAAGCGCCCCAGAUCCGCAGGGAGCAUCUUCCCCAGCGGUAAGGUGGCGCAGACGGAGCCGGAGCGCCGCGAGAGCACGGAGGAGGCCGUGGACGGCAGCAGGAUGACUGUGCAGGAAUUCAACACCCUGGUAGCGCUGUACCGGGAGCAGGUCAUAUCCGUGGGGGAGAUGUCCGCCGACUGCCCCUCUCUGCGGGCUCACAUGCAGCACACACGGACCAAAGGAUGCUCCAUGGCCCGGGCUGCUCACCAUGACCUCAACCUCAUCUCUGUUUCAGGUCUGGAGGACGGGGAGAUCCACCCUGAGAUCUGUCGGCUCUUCAUCCAGCUGCAGUGCUGUCUGGAGAUGUUCAUAACAGAGAUGCUGAAAUCCAUGUGCCUGCUGGGGGUGCUGCAGCUGCACAGAAAAAGGACGGAGUCGGAGCCGAGGUUGGACUUCAGGGUGGAUGAAAGCUCCGACGCUCCCAUCCUGGAAGAGCGUUCCUCCUCCCCCAUCGACUUCCCUCAGGAGCAGUGGCUGGUGGGAAUGGAUAUUGAAAAUAUAGAGAGAGAUAUGCGAGAGAUGCGAAACCUACUCAGCAAACUCAGGGACACGAUGCCACUGCCACUGAAAAACCAAGACGACAGCAGCUUGUUGAAUCUGACCCCAGACCCGCUGAUCAGACAGAGGAAGAGGCGCUUCCCCGGACUCUGCUGCAUGGUGUCUGGCUGAGAGCCUGAAGGCAGCACGACUGUCACGGGAAAGGACUUUCACUUUACUUUAUUGUGUGAUGUAAAUCACAUUUAUCUUUCUGUUCAGUUACGGUAUUUUCCCCCAAUAUUAUCUGAAAUUGUAAUCUUGUAGUACCUGUUAUCUAAUUAUAUGCCAUUUGUCUUAUUCAUCUUGAUGUUACCUUUUUGUUGCUGGUUGGUCAUUUGGUUCUGGAGUUCUGCGACCCAUCUCGGUUCCGUAUUUGGGCUUGGAUCAAGUUUUAGUUUGGUCAUUUAAAAUAUAUACCACAUAGAUUGUAGAUACACAAUAGAGAGCUGCAGGAAUGAGGACUUGGCAUGUUUGCACUUCCUGUUCCCUCGUCUCGAAGUCGAUGGAUUUUGGUUACACCCUGAAAUUCGUUAUGCUAAAUAGAUACGAUUUGUUCUGCAUCAUAAUAUACUUAACUGAAUACCCCAAUCAUGAAUAUUGAAUCUGUCACCUGUCUUAAAAGAGGCGGUUCCUAACAAGUAGCUACUUAACGAUUGAACACAAUUUGGCCUUUAGCUUAGCGGUGGUGACAUUGUCGUCAUGUGACCAGGCUGUACUUUGUUUACUAGUUAGCUUUCUUCUCUUGUGUUUACACUUAAAACUCCUAAAAGCAUCAACACAUUUUGUUCGCCUUUCUGUGGAAUAAUCCAAAAUCCAAUUGAAAAGUCCCAUUGGCCUUUUGACGACGAGGGAAUCGGAAGAAUGUUAACUU